UGAGGCAACAUGGAGAGCGAGGGGAGGCUGGUCCAGUCCAUUUACUUUGGGAGCAUUGGGAGCGAGGCCACGGAGAGGCUGCUGGAGAGAUUUGGACACGACGGCAGCUUUCUGCUCAGAGACAGCAGCACCGUGCGUGGGGCCUACUGCCUGUGUGUGAGGAAAGCGCCGUUCGUGCAUACCUACAGGCUCAUGCGCUCUGCUGAUGGCUGGUGCCUUCAGCAGGAUUCAACAGUCAGAACACCGACAUUUGGGACUCUGGAAGCACUGAUAGAGAGCUACAGAAGAGCUGCUGUAGUUGGAAUCGCCCCACUCAUGGAUCCACUGGACAAAACACAAGUACAAAACAGCUUCGGCGAAGAGUUUCUCUACAUGGAAAUGAACAGUAGCAGCACUUCUGUGUACCGAAGCCAUCACGCUGUUCAUCUGUGAGACGAUCAGAAUGGCAGAAACCACAGCGCCUCACUGAUCUGCACGCUGUCUGCCAC